GAACGUAUAACAGCACAUGCGCAGUGUGGUACCCUGUGCCGUCCUUUUCUAUGCUGCGCGUCUAAAGACUAGCAUCAAAACGAGCAUCAACAUGCAGCUCUUCCUGCGUGCCCAGAACACUCACACCCUUGAGUUGACCGGACAGGAGACUGUGGGCCAGAUUAAGGCUCAUGUCCAGGCUCUGGAGGGUCUCCUGGUGGAGGAUCAGGUGGUGCUGCUUGCAGGUUGCCCGCUGGAGGACGAUGCUUCGUUGGCAUCGUGCGGCAUCUCUGAGCACUGCACCUUGGAGGUUGCCGGCAGGCUUCUGGGAGGUAAGGUCCACGGUUCUCUAGCUCGUGCUGGAAAAGUGAGGGGCCAGACCCCCAAGGUUGACAAGCAGGAGAAGAAGAAGAAGAAGACUGGCCGCGCCAAGCGUCGCAUCCAGUACAACCGACGCUUCGUCAACGUGGUGCCCACAUUUGGCAAGAAGAAGGGACCCAACGCCAACUCCUAGAGUGUGCGAUGACCAUACCGAGCCAUUUUAGCAGAGUUCAAAUGCUUUCCUGCUGUUAAUAAAACAUUUAAUUCUGCA